AUGUCCGGGCCAGCGUUGCCAGGCGCGAAGGCGAUCCAGGUCGACACCCGCGGGGCGGUCAUCCUGGACGAGGAAUCACCCGAUACCCGAGACAGUCGCGGCAUCUACCUUCCAAAUUACAUCGAGCCCGUGUCGCACAUAGCGGUCGACAUUGGCGGCUCGCUCGCGAAAGUAGUCUAUUUCACCCGCUCCCCAGAACCACCAAGGUCGCCAUCAGUAGCGGCUACGUGGGGCUCGAGCUCGAGCGCCGCGAGCGACCUCUCCUCCCCUAUCUCAUCCUCACCACCACGAGAUACCCCCGUCUCCGGUUCGCCCACCUCGAAUGCGAAGCACAGCGCGAAACUCAACGGCGCGCUCACACCGGCGGUGCUCGAGAACGGCCAUGCAAGUGCAAGCUCGGCCACGCCGGAAUACUCCUACCUCGACCACCGCUUCCUGCAGGGCUCGCUCCUCCGGCGAGCAUCUGUGCAGCAUUUCCCGGGCGGGCAGCUGAAUUUUGAGCGGUUCGAGACGGAACACAUCGACGUAUGUGUCGAGUUCAUUCAGGGGCUCAUCGAGCACAGCGCCGCGCUCAACGGCGUGCCGAUCGACGACAUGCGCCGGUCCGUGAAGAUCAUGGCGACAGGCGGCGGGGCGCACAGGUUCUACGAGCUGUUCGGGCAGGAGUUGUGCGUCGAGGUGCGGCGGGAGGACGAGAUGGAGUGUCUGAUCGAGGGGCUCAAGUUCAUCACGCUCAUCCCGGACGAGGUGUACUACUUCUCGGACGAGCUCAUCGAGGCGGUGUCCCACCCUGGCGGAAACCUCGAGCGGCCGAGCCCGAACCCGCCCAAGUACGCGGUGACGUUCGUGCAGGACCCGACGCCGCAGCUGCCGUGCCUGCUGGUGAAUAUCGGCUCGGGCGUGUCGAUCAUCAAGGUGGACGAGGACGGCAAGUACGAGCGGGUGAGCGGGACGAGUCUGGGGGGCGGCACGCUGUGGGGGCUUUUGAGCCUGUUGACGCCGGCGACGACGUUCGACGAGAUCCUCGAGCUCUCCGAAAAAGGCGACAACUCCAAGGUGGACAUGCUGGUCGGGGAUAUCUACGGGUCGGACUAUAGCAAGCUCGGGCUGAAGUCGACGAUGAUUGCGAGCUCGUUUGGUAAGGUGUUCAAGAACCGCGGGCAGAAGGGCACCUUUACACCCGAGGACAUCUCGAAGAGCCUGCUGUACGCGGUAUCGAACAACAUCGGGCAGAUAGCCUACAUGAACGCGGAGAAGUACAACCUCGACCGCAUAUACUUUGGGGGCUUCUACAUCCGGGGCCAUGCGGCGACUAUCAGCACAUUGUCGUACGCUAUCAGGUUCUGGAGCAAAGGCACUAAGCGCGCAAUGUUUCUUCGGCAUGAGGGCUUCCUCGGUGCGAUAGGGGCGUGGAUCAAGAAUAUCGGGGAAGAGCAAGAGGACGUCUCGAUGUGA